GAUGUCCCGAAAAGCUUUACUCGUCACUGUGGUAGUCCUGCUGCAAGGAUGGCCCAACAACGCCCAGGAAGACUACUGUGACUCGUCGUUGUGCGAUCUGGGAGUACAGAACAUCGGAUGCGGUGCCACGAACGAACUGUCGCCGGAGUGCAACGAGGGUAAGAAGAUUGAUCUGACCGAUGAGUUUAAGAAGGUUAUCCUGGACGAGCACAACAACUACCGCAAUCAGGUGGCCAAGGGAGAGCUUAAGUGGUUGCCGUCUGCUUCCAACAUGGUGGCAAUGGACUGGGACGACGACCUGGCUUACCUGGCGGAGUUGAACGCUGAUCGCUGUGAAUUUGAGCACGACAAGUGCCACAAUACCAAGAAGUACCCGAAUUCCGGACAGAACAUCGCCUCGUGGGGAACUUCCGGGGACUCGUACGAUGUGAAGGAUACGCUCAAGACCAUGGUCCUGGAGUGGUGGGACGAACGUCACUUUGCCAACCCGAAGCUGAUCAAGAAGCUGUGGGGCAAGUACAAGGCUCUGCACUUCACCAUGCUGGUUCGGGCCAACGCUAGCCGAGUUGGAUGUGGAAUGGUUCAGUACAAGAAGGAUGAAUAUUUGUGGGUUCAGCUGAUCUGCAAUUAUUCGUACACCAAUAUGAUCGGAACCAGUGUGUACAAGGAAGGAAAGCCGUGUUCGGAUUGCAAAUCCGGAUGCGAUAGCACCUACGAUGGACUGUGCAGCAAGGACGAAGAAGUUGAUGUGUCAUAAUGACCGUAUCAUGAAGGAAGAAAUUUGUUAUUAUAGCACUGCGAUUUUCUGACAAAUAAA